AUGGAGUCAACUCCUCCUUUCAAGAUACCUGAGAGAAUCUUAUCUCUUGUGCCCCCUGAAAAUUACACCCGUCUUCUUGAAGCCCAAAACCGAGCGGUCAGCUCGGCAUCCUCAGAAAUUUCGGUGAAGUCGACGACUUCCGAAUUUCUUGAAGCAAAGAUCAGAGCCAUUGAAGACGACGAGGCCUACAUCAUCCCGUUGACCAGGAGGGUCCGGUCGAACCAGACAACAAUUCGAGUUCUAAAACGACAGAGAAGAGCUCUUAUCGAAGAUAUCGAUGACCGCCUAGUCAAUUUGGACAAUCGCCAGAGGGCGAAUGCGCCCCCCGACGAGGGCCUAUUGGAGAGAGCGUAUCGAGACACAAUUCUCACAAGGGUCAUAGCCGCGUCAAAGAGACAGCCUGCCCAACAAUUCAACAAGGCUAAAUUCAAGUCGGCCGUCAAGGAAUAUUACGGGAUUGACUUGCAUCCUGACCUGUCAUGGUGUCAUAUUCUUGGAAUGUUCAUUUCGUCAACCGUUGCGAGAGCCUCCCACUUAGUACCGAAGAGUAUGUCACCGGAGGAACUCGCGCACCUUUUCGGCGACCUGGACGUUGUCACCACACUUCCGCAGAACGUAUCGUCACUUCACAAGAGCAUCGAGAAACUUCUCGAUCUGGGUGACAUCGCGGUGGUCCCUGUUGAAGGAGAGAUGACAUCUCCGAGAAAAUUCAGAUGUAUCGUCUUGAAUCCGUCAAUAUUAGACAAAACCGUUUGUUCAAUUCCGGUUUACGAUAGUAGCGAUGGAUUCAAGACAUUUUAUGGCUGGGAACUUGACAAUCGCGAACUCAAAUUCCUUAACGACAAUCGUCCCCGGCGGCGAUACCUGUAUUUCCGCUUUAUUGUGUCAUAUCUGUGGUCACGGCGUAAAGACCCUAGUAUCAGCGACCAUGUUGACGCAAGGAAGUUCUGGCCCUCUGGCGGAGAAUACCUUCACCGGUCGACCUUGAAAACUUUAGCACGGUGUGUAUCCGGCUGUGAUAUCCCGAGCAGCCUAAUCGAAAGUCAAACAUUCGAGAAGUCAAAUGAUUCUACGAAAGAUGAAAAAGCUGGAAUGACCUUGGCAGCAGACAUCACGGACUUAGGUAAAUCCAAAGGAUACGACGAUUCAGAUCUUGUUAGUUCGGUGACAGAUACCUUGAGAGACUUGAAUGCAUAG